GCUCUGGCUCCCAGGCAGGUGCUGGAUUUGGAGGAUUUGGUGUUCUCCCAGGGCAGUCACUUCAUGGCCAACAAGCGCUGCCAGCUCCCGGACGGAUCAUUCCGGAGACAGCGCAAGGGCUACGAGGAAGUUCACGUUCCUGCCCUCAAACCCAAACCCUUCGGAGCUGACGAGCAAUUGUUUUCCGUGGAAAAACUUCCCAAAUACGCCCAGGCCGGGUUUGAGGGGUUCAAAACCCUCAACAGGAUCCAGAGCAAACUGUUCCGAGCGGCGCUGGAAUCGGAUGAGAACCUGCUGCUCUGCGCUCCCACG